AUGUUGCUCCCCAAGGGUGGUGUAACGUGGAAGUCGGCCAAAGCCAGGCUGCCUCCAUGGCGGGCUGUCCUGUUCAUGGUCACGAGAACUAGAUUCCUAGUAUCACUGGCCGUGACUGGCUUGAUGGUCCUUCUAUGGCGUGGUAUCAGCAGGUCGGCUUCAGAAAUGCAAAGUUUCUAUUGCUACGGCCCUCCGAAAUCGCCAAUGGAUAUGUCCAUCAACGAAAUGGUCGAAUGGAACGCACAUCUUCAGACCCCUGUGGUCUUCAAUCACCACGAUGCCUACGAAGUAAACUCAUCCAACAUCAAGCACGUCGACCUCAAUCCCAUCAAGUCGACCCAACAGGCCGUCGCGAACGCUGAGCGAGUACUUAUCCUGACGCCACUACGAGAUGCCUCGGCUCAUCUGAUCAACUACUUCGACCUUCUCUACAAGUUGACGUACCCCCACGAUCUCAUCGAUCUGGCCUUCCUCGUUGGCGAUAGCAAAGAUGACACCAUGGCUGUUCUUACCGCAGAAUUGGCUCGUAUUCAGUCUCAGACCGAUGAGAAAAUCGCUUUCCGCAGUGCUACAAUUGUGGAGAAGGAUUUCCAUAGCGAUUUCCAGAUGAAUGUCGAAGACAGGCAUUCAUUUGCUGCGCAGGGACCGCGCCGCAAGGCUAUCGGCAGAGCUCGGAACUACCUACUCUACUCUGCUCUCAAGCCUGACCACUCAUGGGUCUAUUGGCGAGAUGUCGACAUUUCUGACAGCCCACCCAGUAUCAUUGAGGACUUUGUCGCUCACGACAGAGACAUUCUCGUGCCCAACAUCUGGUUCCACCGCUACAGGGAUGGCCGCGAUAUUGAGGGUCGCUUUGACUACAACUCGUGGAUCGAAUCCGAUAAGGGACGUCGUCUUCGCGAGACGCUCGAUCCGGAUACUGUUUUGGCCGAAGGUUACAAGGAGUAUGAUACUGGCCGACAAUACCUCGUUGGCAUGGGUGACUGGAGGAACAACAAGGAUGAGGAAGUCGAGCUGGACGGCAUUGGCGGAGUCAACAUCCUCGUUAAGGCUGACGUUCAUCGGUCUGGUAUCAACUUCCCUGCUUACGCCUUCGAGAACCAGGCCGAAACCGAAGGAUUCGCCCGCAUGGCAAAGCGUGCUGGGUACGGCGUCUAUGGACUACCCAACUAUGUUGUCUGGCAUAUCGAUACCGAAGAGAAGGGUGGUAACCUUGGGGGCCGCAAAGCCUAUUAG